UAUUUUUGUAUCGUGUCGCUUAACGAAACGCCGUUUUCAUUAUUGGUUUUUUUUAUUGAAUGUGAAGUUCCGCGUUCGUUUUGAAAGUUGAAUUUGAAACGGAUUUGAAAAAAAUAGAGAGUGAAUUUAUGAAAAAGAAAAAAACUUAAAUUUGAAAUAUCUUCCCAAGUUCGGUUGAAGGGAGAACAUUUGUGCCCUUUAAAACAAUUUAAAGGUGUUGCAACAAACAACCUACCGACCAGCCAACAUUGUUGGUUGGCCGUAAGAUCCAACCCAACGCGUUCUAAGCGCUCGUUCGCCCGCCAGUCGUUCUUCAUUGUGUCUGUGUGUGUGUGCGUACGGCUCUGGCCUUUGGUUGUGUAGGGCCCACAACCUUGUCAUACACCAAAAAGGUUCUAGUUGCGUGUCGCCUGCUCGCUGCCUGCCUGCCAGCCGGCCAACUCGUUUGUUCGCUCGUUUACAAGACUGCACCAGCUUUCGAACAUUGUUGUUAUCUCUCCUCGUCGUUGUCGUCGUUACCGCUGCCGUUGUUUGGUUGGUGCGCUGUCGUAAGUGCGUGUAUGUAGUUGUAAGCCGAAUCGGUGUGCGUGUCGUGGCUGCUGUGUGUGAGUUUGAAUUGAACUACGGAGUUUUCCUUCACGGGAUUUACGGGAAAUCACGUUUUGAAAAGAUCAUUUGCGUUUUGUAAUUCGACGAUUCAUGUCGUACAGCGGCGCGUCGCUCACUUAUGUGUCGUAGAGAAUAGCCAACAAAAAAAAAAGAUAAACACUUUUGAAACAAAGAGCAAAAGAACUUAUCUAUCAAAAAACAAGAAAGGAAAAAAAAACAACACACAAAAAAUAUAAAAUUAUUAUUAUUGUGUAACAAACAAAAGAUAAGCACAACUAAGUGGUGGAAUAACAAGCAAAAGAAACAAACAAAGAGAAAAGUGCAAAAUAAUAACGAAACAAUAAUCGCAAGAUUUGUUUUCAUUAAAAAAUACUAAUAAAAGCAAUGAAAUAAAAUAAAUUUGUGAAACAUAAACACAAGGAAAAAACGGAAAACAGGCAGCAAAGUGUAGAAGAAAAAAACAAAAUACUCAAGACAAGGAAGGAAUAAUUACCCAAACAAAAAUAAGGAAAACCAAUUCUGAAAGUGAAAAAUAAAAUGAAUAAAAAAUCAUUUUUUUGAACACCAUGACCACUUGUGAAUAACCGAAAGAAACCGAAAUAUUUUUUUAAUUUCAAAAUCAAGAUUCCAAAACAUAGAAACUCAACACAAUAAAGUGCCAAAACACUCACCCCCCACCAGACUUCCUUGAAUUCCAUCACUCAAUAAUAAAACAAAAAUUCAAUUCAAACGAACUGCAACUCCCCCCUCACUAUGCUAACCAUGGAAUCCGACAUGAAAGGUGGCAUUCUACAUGCCACAAUGCCGCCACAUCAUGCCUCAGCAGCGCUACAUGGCCAUGCCGCCUCACCGUACAGCGCCUUGGGACCGCUCAUGAAUCUGGGCCAGUCACAUCUGACCCAAUCGCAUCUUAGCCAUCAUCAUCAACAUCACAUGUCCUCACAUCUGGCCAGCCAGGCGGGCAGUACACCGAACGGCACCACAAGUGUCCUCAGCUCUCUACAGAACAGCAUGGCCCAAACUCUCAAUGGUAAUUCCGGUAAUCACUCCGGUUCGCCAUUGCACAGCUCCAGUGACUUGAGUCCCACCCAGAGUUCACACACCAGCAUUGGCAGUCAUCACAUGACUUCACCGGGGCAAAAUCAUCAUCAUUCACAUCAUCACUCCGCCGGUGGUAUGGGUGGCCAAAGUACUCCCCUAAGUUCAGGUGGUAGUUCUGCUGGCGGAGGCGGUGGCUCCAACGGUGGUGGGCCAAUGAACAACAACAAUAACCCCUCCAGUGCCAGCAAAGCUGCCCAAAGUGCCGCCGAGCGUGUCAAACGCCCCAUGAAUGCCUUUAUGGUCUGGUCCCGUGGUCAACGCCGUAAAAUGGCCUCGGACAAUCCCAAAAUGCACAAUUCAGAAAUUUCCAAACGCCUGGGGGCCCAGUGGAAAGAUUUGUCCGAAAACGAAAAACGUCCCUUUAUCGAUGAAGCCAAACGCCUAAGGGCUGUCCAUAUGAAGGAACAUCCCGACUACAAAUAUCGUCCCCGCCGCAAGACAAAGACUCUAACCAAAACCAAGGAGAAAUAUCCCAUGGGUGUGGGUGGCCUCUUACAGGCCUCAGAGGGUAAUGCCCCCACUGGACGGGCCAGUUCAGCCAAUUCGAUCUCAUCUGCCGCCCAACAAGCGGCGGCGGGAGUCAAUCGGGACAUGUAUCCCAUGAGUGCUCCAAAUGGCUAUAUGCCCAAUGGUUAUAUGAUGCAUGAUCCCUCCGCUGCGGCCGCCUAUCAAAGUCAACACGGUGCCUACAUGGGCAACUAUCAUCGCUACGACAUGGGCCAGAUGCAUCAGGCAGCUGCGGCCGCCAAUUACAUGAAUGCCGGCUCCGGCUAUGGCAUGUACGGCACAGUGUCCGGCGGUCAAACCUCACCCUAUGGCAAUGUUCAGCAACCCGGCUCACCCUAUGGCUCGGGAAGCGCCCAACCCCAGCCCGGCUCACCAUACGGCAUCUCCUCCGGCCAACCUGGUUCUCAAGUCUCCUGCCAAAGUCACAGUCCCAGCGAUUCCAGCGUCAAAUCAGAACCCGUCUCACCCAGUCCGAUGCACAGCUCCUCCGCCCAGCAACAACAGCAGCAGCAACAACAGAAUUCCGCCGCCGCCGCUGCUGCAGCCGCCGCUGUCAUAACCAACAACAAUAAUCAUGUCAUGAAACGGGAAUAUCUGAGUGGCCAACAGCCGGAACUGAAUCACCUGAUGAACAUGUACCACCUGUCCGACGGCAUGCAAGUAUCGGCCGCGGCGGCAGCAGCUGCCGCUGAACAUCAUCAGCGCAACCUGAUGCACUAUCAGAACAGUUCGCCGGACUUGCAACAACAUCAGGCAGCCGCCGCCGCCCAUCAUCACCACCAUCAGCAGUCGAUGCGUUCCAUGGCUCCAUUGGCCCAUAUGUGAGAAAUGGCAACGGCAUUUGGAGCUCAACACUCAACAGCAUCAGCCACAGCCGCCACGCUGCCCAUGGUUUCAAGAAGUGUCUCAUCGUCGUCGUCGUCGAUAGCUGUUGAGAGUACGGCCUGUGGCUUAUCGCUAACCCCUCAGAACAACCAACAACCUCCUGCCCCCACAUUGUCCU